AUGGGUCGCUUGGUAAAAAUGUCUGCAGUAUUCUUCAUCGUCGUCUUCGUGUCAAUCCACGUCAAUAACGCUGACGACGACGACGACGACGACAGCAUGUCUCCGGCGGAAUCCCCAACUCCGUCGAUUAAGGUGGCCCCGGCGGCGGGUGUCACGUGCAACAAGACCAAUUACACGACCGUGUACCCGACCGACAGUUACGUGAGGCACGUGCUGAAAGAGCUCGGCGACGAGGUCAUCAAAACCAAAGGUUACUCAAAGGUCAUCAAUUUCCCAGAAAUAGACACCCCGGUUAUGUCCGGCAAAGGCGCCUGCACGAAGAAUGUGUCCAAGGCGACUUGCGCCAAGUGUCUCAAGGACGGUGCGAAGAAAGUCCUCGACGCCUGUCCUCGGCGGGUGGGAGCUCGGUUCAAUGCCACGGCGUGUCAACUAAGGUACGACGUUUAUUAG